AUAAUAAAGAUAUACGCUGCGAAGAAUUUUAUGACCAUAUUCGCGUUGCGUCAGCAAGUGCAAUGUUCAUCUAUUUUCGGUUAUUUCACAGCGACGUGUAUCAUUUCAACAAUCAGUGAUCUUUUAAUUUGGAAAAUGGCCGAAUCGGAACAAAGAAAUAAAGAGAACUGUAUCGUAGGACCGAAGGAAACAAUGGUGAAGCAAGAAAAGCGUGAGAACACGUUGACGAAUGGCGGGAAGGGAUCUGGCGAUGACGCGGAUAGUCUCGAAGAAUUGCCUCUUGAUAUAGGCGAACACUACCUGGUUCGAAGAUCCGACAACUCCUGGCAUCCAGCAGAGAUUAUACAAACCAGGUAUAAUGAGAGUGAAAGUCAUUAUGAAUAUUAUGUACAUUAUGAAGGACACAAUAGGAGAUUGGAUGAAUGGGUGCCCAGAGACAGAAUUAUGUCAAGCAGGUUUGACAUGAGUGAUAGAACUUGGAAAAGUGGAGAUAGAAACUCUAGUACUGACUUGCUAGCAGAUUCUUCAGAUCGUAAAAUUACAAGAAAUCAGAAAAGGAGACAUGAUGAAAUUAAUCAUAUUCAAAAGACAUACGCUGAAAUGGAUCCUACAACUGCCGCUUUAGAAAAGGAACACGAAGCAAUAACAAAAGUCAAAUACAUUGACAAAAUUCAAAUCGGAAAAUAUGAAAUUGAUACAUGGUACUUUAGUCCAUAUCCAGAAGAGUAUGGCAAGCAACCAAAGCUAUGGAUUUGUGAAUACUGCCUUAAAUACAUGCGCCUUGAAAAAACUUAUAGAUACCAUAUGAGUGAAUGUACACACAGGCAACCAGUUGGCAAAGAAAUAUAUCGUAAAGGCACAUUAAGCAUUUGGGAAGUGGAUGGUAGAGAGCAUAAAAUUUAUUGUCAAAAUUUAUGUUUGCUCGCAAAACUUUUUUUGGAUCACAAAACCCUUUACUUUGAUGUAGAACCAUUUCUUUUUUAUAUCUUGUGUGAAGUUGAUAAACAUGGAGCUCAUUUAGUUGGUUAUUUUUCAAAGGAAAAAGAAUCACCCGAUGGUAAUAAUGUUGCUUGCAUUUUAACUUUACCGCCUUUUCAAAGGCAAGGAUAUGGAAAACUUUUAAUCGCUUUUAGCUACGAAUUAAGCAGAAUAGAACAAACAGUUGGUAGUCCCGAAAAGCCGUUGAGUGACUUAGGAAAAUUAUCAUACAGGAGUUACUGGAGCUGGAUUCUUUUGGAAAUUCUGCGGGAUUUCCGAGGUACUCUUAGUAUUAAAGAUCUGAGUCAGAUGACAAGUAUAUCGCAGACGGAUAUAAUAUCGACAUUGCAAAGUAUGAACAUGGUCAAAUAUUGGAAGGGACAACAUGUAAUCUGCGUAACACCUAAAUUAGUCGAGGAACAUAUUAAAAGCAGCCAGUACAAGAGACCUCGUUUAACAGUGGACAGCAGUGCACUUCGAUGGGGAGCUCCACCACGAAAGAACGUGAAAUCUGGCAAGAAAUAGUAGAAAGAAAAUGGGAAUUCGACGGCUUUCAUUACCGUGAGAUUCACGAUUUAAUGUGUUUAGCAAACACUUGAUAAAACAGCGACAAAACGAUGUUUCCAAGUUUGUUAAACAACUUUUAUACGAUGCAUUACAGUCUCCACUAAUAUGCAUUGUACACGAGCAAGGUUUUUUGAUCGGAAGAUAACGCGAAUGAACACGCUUUAUAGAGCUUCGCUAUUCUUCAGAGCGUAGAAAUGUUGAUAGGUGGUUUAAGAUAAUGUUCUUUAUAUAGUUUUCUGCUUAGCAGUACACUAUGAAAAGAGAAAUGAAGAUAAUAUACUGAUAGUGACUCCAAAUGUCAUGUAUUUAUAAUGGAAAGAUUAUUUAUUUUUGUUCGAGAUUUAUCAGUUCGAAAAUUAACAUUGACGAUACCACGCAGUAUUAGAUUGUAUUAAUGAUUUUUUAUGUAAAUUCAUUAGUAAUAAACUAUGUAUUCGUGAGUAA